CAUAAAUAGAGGGAACAAAUGUUAUCAUUCGACAUACUCAUAUACCAAGCCAUGAUACUUAUUCCAGAGAAAGAGGCCAAAAAGAGAUUUUACGUUGAGGUUCAGAGCGAUGAAAAGAUAUUCCGAACUGAUGAGAAACAAGGAAACAACCCAAAUUGGAACCAUAAGGACAACAUCACAUCUAAAAGUGGCGUUCUUUCCUUCACUCUUUUCCAAAAAUCAGGAUUUCUAGGGAAAGAUACGAGCAUUGGAAGUUUCACAGUAAACGUUAGCUCAGUCAAUCACUUCAAAAUCAGGAAGAACAUGGACCUAGAGAAUACUAGAAAAGAGAAAGUUGGAACCUUAGAAGUGAAUAUCAAAAUGAAGACCAAAGCUAUCACUAGAGGGAACAAGAGAGAGCAAGGCAAUAAAUAUGAAAUCCAAACUGAAGGCUCUGACUCAAUUUCUCUUGAGGAAGAAGAAUACGAAGAAGAGGAUCUCGAGGAAGAGCCAGAAAUAGACCAAUACAACCAAGCCCAUUAUGAGGAAGAAAACAUGAAGAGAAUGCAUCAGAACGAAGGCAGUAAUUUUGAAGAGCAAGAGGCUAACUUUAUGCCGAAUGUACCAGGUGAGCAUGCACCUUAUGACCAAAGAGAUUAUAUUCAUGGAAGAGAACAACAGUAUGAAGAAUUUGCGGAAGGUGAUAUGGAAUCUGAUGAAGAUCCAAUCCCAGAUGAUGAGGAUAAAGGAGACUUUGAUAGACCCUCUAGUAGAAAUCCAGAGUACAUGUCAGACAUUAAUUCAAAGAAACGAUCCAGAAACCAAGUAAUCCCUAAAAACAACUUCAGAUCGACUAGUGACAAAGAUAAACGGUUGAAUAUUCAUAAGAAAGCAUUUAAAAGUAGAAAGACCAGCAACAAGCAUUUUAUGAAGGACUCAAUGACACCCAUCAACUUUGGAUCUAAGUCAAGAGCUUCUAGGAACAAUGUUCAUAACAUGUCUCACGCUCUGACUCAGUAUUCACCAAGCAGCUUUAAAGAACAAAGACUGCUAGAAAAGAGAGCGAUGUCGAAAGGAAGAAAGAAGUAUAAAAGUAAAGGAAGAAUUCUCCCCUCCAAGAGCUAUGGCCAUGGCAUUAGGAUGCAUUCUAGAUUCCCAUAUGGGUACUCCAAACGCCCUGAGAGGAACAAUGUGGGUAUGUACACUCCUUUGGUUGGUAACUACAUCGAACCACGAUUUUCGACCUUUGACAAUGAUUUUGGGGAGGAAUCUGAACAAGAUUCCCAGAAUUUAGCUGAAGAAAUGUACACCCAACAAUACAUUGAGUAUGAAAAUGAGCAGAGAAUCCAUGAACUCAUUUCUUACUGUCAAAGCGAGAAGGAAAAACUGAUGAAAAAGUAUAAAGAAUUCACCCAGAAACAGAAUAAAGCUAUCCAGAUGUUCAAACAAGUCACUAAAGAAAGAGAAGUUGUUGAAAAGGAGAGACUCAAGAUUCAAAUUAUUAAGAAAGAAAUUUCGCAUCAAAUCCGAGUCCUCAAAAAGAAAAUUGAUCAUGCUAAUAAGUUAGGUCUCAACAAUAACAGUGCAUUUCUGAAAAAUAUAGAAGCUGCUAGGCACGAAGGCCAAGAUAGUGAUUUUGCUAACGACAAUCUUACAACUGAGCAUGCAUAUACUGAUAUGGGAGAUGGAUCUCCUCUCCCUUCAAUGAACAGACAAGGGAUACGUAAUAAUGAGUUUCAUCAAAAUAUGAGUGAACUCUAUGAUCAAAAUAUUCAAAAGAAGUUCACUGAAGGCUACGAUGUCCCUAUGGGCGAAGAUUACGAUGAAGGCAAUUAUAGAAAUGAAGGAAUGAGACAUCACCAUCCUGAGUAUAACGAAAGUGCACCUAAUCCUUAUCAAGAUAACUAUAACCAGGAAGAAGAAUUCCCACCGAAAAAUAGUAGCCGGAAUUUGACAAAAGAGUUCAACCAAGAAGUUGAUGAAAAUUCACAUAACUAUAAUGAAAACCUCAAUAGGAGUUAUGAAUCUGAGCAAUAUCCAUCCCAUGCACAGACUCAACAAAUUUCUACAAACUCGAAAGGAAAGAUGACGAAUAGCCAGAAUGAUUUCAAACAAAAUCUGCCUAGAAAUGAGCGACAAAAUUAUAAUGACCCUUCCAUGAGAUAUCCUGAGGAGAGAAAAUCAAGAUUCAACGAUCCUCCUGGAGAUCAGAACCCUUAUCUCUAUGAAAUGCAGAGAAGCCAAGAAAGACAACAUAAUUUCAACAACCAAAAUUUUGGCAACAAUGCUUACGACAUGCCUCAAUAUCCUCAAAAUAAGUCUCCCAUAAUGUAUAUGCAGAAAAAUAUGCAGAUGCAGCCCCAGUAUAUUCAACAAGAAAUGAGUGAAAAUAUGGGAUAUAAUGGAGGAUACCAACAAGUUUCCUUUAUGGGAGGCCCAUAUGGAGAAAUGUCCUUCCACAAAGACUUUCCAAACCCAAAUAACCUCAUGUCCGGAUCUUCAACAGAUAGGGUACAAAAUAAAGGAAAUGUACAGGGUCUCCAUAACUAUAUAUCAGGAGGUGGGAACCCUAUUAGUACAAAUGGGCAAAACUCUGCUUAUAGCUCAGUUCCUGGAGGACAAGAUGGAUCUGGUCUAUCUCCUCAUCCUAUGCAGAACAAAGAAUAUUCAGGAAAUCCUCCGACAUUUCAUCCUUUCCACCAAUUAGCCAACAGCUCUCAGCUAAACAGUCAAAAUAGCAGUUACGCGCCUACACAAAUCACUCCAAAGCAAGGAAUUUCAAAAUUCAAUAAUUUUGAUAACACCCACAGCCAGAUGGUUAUGAACAGUUCGAACGGAGUCCCCUAUGAAAAAUAUAGAGAAUUUGAAAAUCAGAAUUCCUUCUCAACCAGGGACAGACCUCCAGCAGGUUAUGGGGACCUUCGCGAGUCAGUCAACGAGAACAGUAAUAUGGACCAGAGAUUAAUGCCAAACCAAAUCUCUGUGAUCACUGGCACCCAAGAUUCCAGAGGAUUCAACUCUAUCAGAGAGCAAAACGAGCAAGAAGAGUUUGAGAGAAUGCCCCAGUCUUCCAAAGAGAUGGAGAAAGAAGACUUAAUUCAAAAGAUCCAGGAAUAUCAACGGAAAUUAGAGGAGUUGAGUAAUAAGCCUGAAGAAAAGCAUCCUGAAAACACUCAAAAUUCAGAGAUCAAGAUCUUGCAACAAGAGGAGGAGAAUAAGCUUAGCAUAAAAACCGACCUUGAAAGAUACAUCACUCAUAACAAGAUCUCCCAAGAAUCGACCAAGAGAAAGGAAGAUGAAGAAGAAAUCAGGGAUCUCAGGAAGAUGGAGAACCUACAGAUACAGCAAACGCCUGAAAGAAGAAUGCCACAAGACAACACAGGCAAGAAGCAAGGUUUACCUACUGUUCCAACUCAUAUUACUGGCAGUAUGAAAAAGAUUAGGAAUUCUCCUCCAUUAGCAGAUAAUGAGCGGAUGGAGUACAUUCAACAAAAAGAGCAUGAGGAUAGCCCAAACUCCAUUAUUCCAAACCAUUAUAAUGAAGGACAUGAAAACACUGCUUGCAGAGUUGGACAGCCAAUGACUGAAAAUCCUAAUGUAGAAGUAGACAUCCAGGAUCCCUAUCAAGAAGAGGAGGAUAACGAUAUGGAGUUCAAGCCAGACCCAGACCUCCUUUCCAGGCUCAAUAAAAAUAUGGAAAACAAUGAUAGAAGAGUUGUAGCUCCUGAGAAAUCCAAUCUCACUGAAGAACAGAAGAAAAAGAUAGAAGAACGAGAAAAGUUUGAAAAGGAGAGAGCAAAAGAAAGAGCUCUCAUUUUCGAACUUAUGAACAACAACGUUGAUGCAGGCUUCUGGGGAGGUUAUUCUGAGAAUGAAGACCAAGUAGAAGAGUCAGAAGAUCAUGAAGAGAAUAUUAGUAUCAACUCUGUUACCAAAGAAUAUCAAAAUACGAGAAAAGAGGAAGAAAUCAAAGAAGAAGAACACCCUCAACUAAUUGCCAAAGACUUAAAUACUGAAAACUACGAUCAUGAUGGCAAACUACACCACUCAAGUAUCAACGGAUACGGUAGCCAAGUCCAAGGGAACAACUACGAACUAGAGGAUCUUGAAUUUGUCGACGACCCUCUCAUCCGUAAGAAAAGAGUAAACGAGGUAAUCAACAGGGUUCAACUAAACCUAAUCCAAGACGAUGAAGCAAGCGUCCAGUCAGAAUCAUGCCACGCUUCAAACCAAAACACAAUCGACGACACCAGAAAGUACAUCCUAAAACAACAACUCAAAAAAGAAAUUUCCAAAAGAGUAAAUCACUCCUAA